AUGAUUUCAGGGCGAGGGGGAGCGGGGGCUCGAGGGCGCAUCCGCCCACCUCGUCGGAUUGUGCGUCCAAACGGACCUGGCGAGGGAGCCGACUUCGAUGCGUGCUGGAACAUGAUUAAAGAAGCGUUGCGCGAUAUCCACAACAAGAGCUGCGGCCGUCUUUCCUUCGAAGAGCUAUACCGAGCGGCGUAUAAGAUCGUGCUUAAGAAGAAGGGCGAGGUUUUGUACGACAAGGUCAAGGAAUUCGAGGAGCAAUGGUUUGCCCAGCACGUCAUUCCCAAGAUUGAAGUCUUGGUCACCAAAAGCCUUAUCAAUAUUGGUAUCGACAUGUCGUCAUCAGCCUCUGUCAACGAGCGGCGGCAAACGGGCGAAAAGUUCCUCAAGGGGCUUCGAGAUACCUGGGAAGACCACAACAUGUCCAUGAAUAUGACAGCAGAUAUCCUCAUGUAUCUGGAUCGGGGCUACACGCAACAGGAGCCACGUCGAGUCCCCAUCUUUGCUACCACCAUUGCUCUAUUCCGAGACCAUAUAUUACGUUCAUGCCUCAACGCGAAUUCUGAUAGCUUGAUUGUGGACAUUCUUAUUUCCGUCAUGCUAGAUCAGAUUGAUAUGGAGAGACGCGGAGAUGUCAUUGACCGCAACCUCAUCCGUAGCUGCAGCCGGAUGCUGAGCUGCCUGUACGAAACCGAGGACGAAACCGAGAGCAGCAAGCUCUAUCUCACCAUUUUUGAGCCCCGGUUCCUCAGCAACAGCGAAACUUUCUACUCGAGAGAGUGCGAGCGGCUACUACGAGAGUCUGACGCCAGCACCUGGCUACGGCACACCGAGACUAGGCUCCUGGAAGAAGUGGACCGGUGCGGCACCACUAUUGAGCUCGAAACUCUUCCAAAGGUGUCAGAGGUUGUAGACAAGAAACUUAUUCUUGGUCACCUGGAUGACUUCCUUGCUAUGGAGGGUAGCGGCCUAAGGUGGAUGAUUGACAACGACAAGACAGACGACCUCAGCAUCUUGUACCGGCUCAUCUCGAGAGUGGAUGAUAAGAAGACUGCUCUUCGCGAAAUAUUGCAAAAGCGAGUUGUUGAACUCGGCUUGGAGAUUGAAAAUGUGUUGAAAAACACCGACUUUUCGACAGGACAGGGCGAAGGUGAAGAUGGGGGAGAGGGGGACAAGGGUAAGACGCUUAAUUCGGCUGCGCAACAGACAGCAGCGGCCAUCAAGUGGGUUGACGACGUGCUUCGGCUCAAAGACAAGUUUGACUACAUGCUACGGAUAUGCUUCCAAAACGACCUGGUAAUUCAAACUGCACUGACCAAGAGCUUCGCCGACUUCAUCAACCUGUUCAACCGAAGCUCGGAAUACGUCUCUCUCUUCAUUGAUGACAGCCUAAAGAGAGGCAUUAGGGGCAAGACUGAAGCCGAGGUAGAUGCCAUCUUGGAGAAGGCGAUUGUCCUGAUUCGUUAUCUGCUGGACAAGGACAUCUUCCAGACCUACUACCAGCGCCACCUCGCACGACGACUGCUUCAUGGCAAGUCAGAGAGUCACGAUGUAGAGAAGCAGAUUAUAUCACGGAUGAAGCAGGAGAUGGGACAGCAAUUUACAAGCAAGUUUGAAGGAAUGUUUAGAGAUCUUGUCACCUCUUCAGAGUUGACAUCGACGUACCGUGACCAUAUCCGCAAAUUGGAUCCCGAAGGCCACACCAUCGAUCUCAAUGUCAACGUUCUCACCACCAACUACUGGCCAUCAGAGGUCAUGGGACGUUCUGCUCAGCUUGGAGAGGCUCCUAGGAUGGGCUGCACCUACCCACCUGAAGUCAAGCGGCUGCAAGCCAGCUUUGAGCAAUUCUACCUGACUAAUCGCAACGGUCGAAAGCUCACAUGGAUUGGCACAACCGGCAGCGCGGAUAUCAAGUGUGUGUUCCCGGCCAUCGAGGGAAAAUCCGGCCCAUUGGCACGAGAACGGCGUUACGAGAUAAAUGUCCCCACGUAUGGCAUGGUGGUUCUCUUGCUGUUCAACGACCUGAAGGAGGGUGAGAGCCUUAGCUUUGAAGAGAUCCAGGCCAAGACAAACAUGUCAACGGCGGAUCUCACACGGGCGCUCAUGGCAAUUGCCGUGGCACCAAAGUCUCGAGUUCUCGCCAAGGACCCGGCGACAAAGAGCAUUAAGCCUACCGACAGGUUUUCGUUUAAUGCUUCUUUCCAGAGCAAGACGAUCAGAAUCAAGGCCCCCAUCAUCAGCGCCGUCUCCAAGGUUGAGGAUAAGGAGGAGAGGAAGACGACGGAAGAGAAGAACAACCAAACCCGAGCUCACAUUGUCGACGCGGCAAUUGUGAGAAUCAUGAAGGCACGAAAGGAACUCAAUCACUCUCAACUGGUGAGCGAAGUUCUGUCGCAGCUGGUUGGCCGCUUCAAGCCUGAAGUCUCUCUGAUCAAGAGGCGUAUCGAGGAUCUCAUUGUGAGAGAAUACCUAGAGCGGCCGGAUGAAGACGGCGCACCGUCGAUGUAUCGCUACGUGGCGUGA